GCAUGUCUGCGGCCGGGGCCACUGCAGCCGACGGGGUCCCGGGACGCGGGCCUCCCGGGGAAGUGAUCCAUCUGAACGUGGGAGGCAAGAGGUUCAGUACCUCUCGCCAGACACUCACCUGGAUCCCGGACUCCUUCUUCUCCAGCCUCCUGAGCGGGCGCAUCUCCACCCUGAAAGACGAGACUGGAGCCAUCUUCAUCGACAGGGACCCCACAGUCUUUGCCCCCAUUCUCAACUUCCUGCGCACCAAAGAACUGGACCCUAGGGGUGUCCAUGGUUCCAGCCUCCUCCAUGAAGCCCAGUUCUAUGGGCUCACUCCACUGGUUCGUCGCCUGCAGCUGAAGGAGGAGUUGGAUCGAUCGUCCUGUGGAAAUGUUCUCUUCAAUGGUUAUCUACCUCCACCAGUGUUCCCGGCAAAGCGGCGAAACCGGCACAGCCUGGCGGGACCCCAGCAAGCUGGAGGUCGCCCAGCCCCUGUGCGAAGGAGCAACACCAUGCCUCCUCACCUGGGCAACGCAGGACUACUGGCCAGGAUGCUGGACGAGAGAGCGCCCCCCUCCCCGUCAGGGCAGCCAGAGGAGCCGGGGAUGGUGCGUCUGGUGUGUGGUCACCACAACUGGAUCGCCGUGGCCUAUACUCAGUUUCUCGUCUGCUACAGGCUGAAGGAAGCCUCCGGUUGGCAACUGGUGUUUUCCAGCCCCCGCCUGGACUGGCCCAUCGAGCGCCUGGCACUCACAGCUCGCGUGCUCGGUGGGGCUCUGGGUGACCAUGACAAGAUGGUGGCUGCCGCGACGGGCACUGAGAUCCUGCUGUGGGCGCUGCGGGUGGAAGGUGGCGGCUCUGAGAUAGGUGUCUUCUACCUGGGGGUGCCGGUGGAGGCCUUGUUCUUCGUGGGGAACCAGCUCAUCGCCACCAGCCACACGGGGCGUAUCGGGGUGUGGAAUGCCGUCACCAAGCACUGGCAGGUCCAGGAGGUCCAGCCCAUCACCAGCUAUGACGCGGCCGGCUCCUUCCUGCUCCUGGGCUGCAGCAGUGGCUCCAUCUAUUACGUGGAUGUGCAGAAGUUCCCCUUGCGGAUGAAGGACAACGACCUGCUUGUCAGCGAGCUCUACCGGGACCCCGCCGAGGACGGUGUCACCGCACUUAGUGUCUACCUCACCCCCAAGACCAGUGACAGCGGGAACUGGAUUGAGAUUGCCUAUGGCACCAGCUCCGGGGGCGUGCGGGUCAUCGUACAGCACCCCGAGACGGUGGGCUCGGGACCCCAGCUCUUCCAGACCUUCACGGUUCACCGCAGUCCCGUCACCAAGAUCAUGCUGUCAGAGAAGCACCUCAUCUCAGUCUGCGCGGACAACAACCACGUGCGGACCUGGUCGGUGACCCGCUUCCGAGGCAUGAUCUCCACCCAGCCCGGCUCCACCCCGCUCGCGUCCUUCAAGAUCCUGGCCCUGGAGUCGGCGGACGGGCAUGGCGGCUGCACUGCUGGCAAUGACAUUGGUCCUUACGGCGAGCGGGACGACCAGCAGGUGUUCAUCCAGAAGGUGGUGCCCAACGCCAGCCAGCUCUUCGUGAGGCUGUCGUCCACAGGACAGCGCGUGUGCUCCGUGCGCUCUGUGGACGGCUCCCCCACCACUGCCUUCACCGUGCUGGAGUGUGAGGGCUCCCGGCGGCUCGGCUCCCGGCCCAGGCGCUACCUGCUCACCGGCCAGGCCAAUGGCAGCCUGGCCAUGUGGGACCUCACCACUGCCAUGGAUGGCCUGGGCCAGGCCCCUGCAGGAGGGCUGACCGAGGAAGAGCUGAUGGGCCAGCUGGAGCAGUGUGAGCUGGCGCCGCCUCGGGCUUCCUGGCAGGGCUCUCUUCCCAGCCCCUCACCCCGGACCUCUCUGGCCAGUCUCCACUCAGCCUCCAGCCACACCUCCCUGUCCGGCGUGGGCAGGGGGAGCCCCAGUCCACCGCGGGCCGAGGCCCAGCGCCGUCCAGGGGCAGGCAGCUUUGCAGAGCGGUGUCAAGAACUGGUGAGGGGUGCACCGGAGCCCCGAAGGCCGCCGACACCAGCGCCCCGGCCCUCUGUGGGGCUCGGGACUCCCCUCACACCUCCAAAGCAGAAACUGAACGAAACUUCCUUUUGAGCCCAGCUUGCCACGGUGCCUUGGAUCUACUGGUCCCUCACGCUCCCUGUGGGAGCCCUGGGUUCAGGGCCAGGGCCUCCUUGGAGUGGUCAUUGUUACUAAGCCCCCCAUCUUCCUCCUCUUCCAAAAGCCAGAGUCACUAACCCCAAUAAACUCCUCACUGCCAACA